AGAUACCUGAACACCGUGUUCAUAGCAGCAUGAGUCACGGUGGCCAGAAGUUGGAAGCAACCCUAAUGCCCAUCAGUGGAUGAAUGGAUAGUGUCAUGCGGAGGAAUCCCUUUGGUGUGGACAUCUGCUGCCGGAAGGGGUCCCGAAGCCCCCUGCAGGAACUCUACAACCCAAUCCAGCUGGAGCUCUCAAACACUGCUGUCCUGCACCAGAUGCGGCGGGACCAGGUGACAGACACGUGCCGAGCCAACAGCGCCACAAGCCGUAAGCGGAGGGUGCUGACCCCCAACGACCUGAAGCACUUGGUGGUGGAUGAGGACCACGAGCUCAUCUACUGCUACGUGCCCAAGGUGGCCUGCACCAACUGGAAGCGGCUCAUGAUGGUCCUGACCGGGCGGGGGAAGUACAGCGACCCCAUGGAGAUCCCCGCCAACGAGGCGCACGUCUCCGCCAACCUGAAGACCCUGAACCAGUACAGCAUCCCAGAAAUCAACCACCGCUUGAAAAGCUACAUGAAGUUCCUGUUUGUCCGGGAGCCCUUCGAGAGGCUGGUGUCCGCCUACCGCAACAAGUUCACCCAGAAGUACAACAUCUCCUUCCACAAGCGGUACGGCACCAAGAUCAUCAAACGCCAGCGGAAGAACGCCACGCAGGAGGCCCUGCGCAAAGGGGACGAUGUCAAAUUCGAGGAGUUUGUGGCCUAUCUCAUCGACCCACACACCCAGCGGGAGGAGCCUUUCAACGAACACUGGCAAACCGUCUACUCACUCUGCCACCCCUGCCACAUCCACUAUGACCUCGUGGGCAAGUACGAGACACUGGAAGAGGAUUCUAAUUACGUCCUGCAGCUGGCAGGAGUGGGCAGCUACCUGAAGUUCCCCACCUAUGCAAAGUCUACGAGAACUACUGAUGAAAUGACCACAGAAUUCUUCCAGAACAUCAGCUCAGAGCACCAAACGCAGCUGUACGAAGUCUACAAACUCGAUUUUUUAAUGUUCAAUUACUCAGUGCCAAGCUACCUGAAAUUGGAAUAAAGGGGGUGGGGAGAGGGAGAGAAUCAUGCUUUUUAAUUUAAGAUUUUUAUUUGUCAAAAGAAUUAUAUGGAUAUUGGGUUAUUUUGUAAAUUAAUAUUUCUUUGGGGAUGAUGCUGCGAGCAGCAUAGUGAGAAUUAUUUAAAAUCCUUCGUAGGGAAGGACAGCUGUCUUUGCAGGGGAAAUAGGAUGGGUCGUCCUUGUCUGUAGAAGUGAAUACUGCAACACUGUCUCAAAGGUUUCCUUGUGUUCUGGUGAAUUCCAUGAAUUGUGCAUUCCAUAAAUUCUAAUUAAUAUUAUUUAUAGUUAUUUAAACAUGGUCUCAUUAUUUCUUUUUGUGGCAGCAAAAUUCUGACGUCUUUCCAGAAGAAAUCUAUCUUUCCUGCUUUGCUUGCUACAGCUCAUUUGGGGGCAUGAAUGUUCUCCUUACUAACCUUUCAUGGAGUCAUGUGAUAACAGCCAUUGUCAUGUGUACGGAUGCCACCAUUCUUGAAUUUCUGCUAGAAAUAAGUAGGUUGCUAUUGCACUUAGAGGCAUCUUUGCAAGGGAGUCAUUCCAAACCAAUUCCAAUUGACCUGAAAGUCCCUUGCACUAAAGAAAUGUUAUUUUUUUUUAACCCAAGGAGAAAGUUGAUUGUAGCAAUUUUUCACCAGAAAUAGCAAUCUGAUACAAUAGGCUUUUUUAACAGGAAUUUUAAACUGGCAGUGCCAGUUGUGGUGAAGGUGAAGUGGCUGUUGCUUUAUAUUCGACAAGUAUUUACUGAGCAUCUACUAUAUACUAGGCCCUGAAGAUAGAGUGUUGAACAAACCCAAUAGUCUUGGCCCUCAAAAAGCUUUAACGUGACAUAGAGCAUCCAGCUCGACAAUUAGCAAACCCCUGAUAUUCAUGGACUUGACAUGAGGUUUGGACUAUUCAUGAGCAACACCAGAGGGUCCAUGACCCCUACACAUUUUCGUUUUUCUAUGGCCCAAAUUUGAAAACCUCACAUUCGGAGCAGGCCACUUUAUCUUCAUGAGUGAUCCCAAGCUCAUUGCCCAACAGAAAAGAUGCUAAAAAAAUGUUUCCUAUCAUGUGCCUGCUCCAAUUGAUGGGUAAUGUCUGCCUUUAAGCCCCAGAAUGGAUUCUCCAGGCGCAGUGUGAAAGAGUGCAAUGUGAUUAGCAAUGUCUGCCUUGGGCGAGGAAAGGGGAACACUCCUCAAGUGCCUCCUACUGUCAUCUCCAUCCAGCCUAGCACCACAUCCCCGUUUAGAAGUGUUGUCUUCUACUGCUUGCCAUGUACAAGUAUGAAAUGCCAAGGUGAGACUCGUACAUUUGGGGAUUUGCAAUGGUUUUUGCCCCUCAUGAAGGUCAGAGGUGGACCAUUUGUACACAUAGGCACAUGCACACCCUCCCACAUCCUCCAGAGGCUGAAAGACCAUCAGCACCUUGGUAACUGCCAUGCAUGAGCAGCAAAGACAGCCUUCCAUGCUGUUAAUCCAUGCCCCAUUUCCUCUGGACGCCUGGAAACUUCAUUUCCUGUUCCUUGCUAAUUAACAUCUAAACACGUUUCUCAUUUCCAGCCAUUGCUGAUGCUUCUCGGUUGAAGUUUGAGCCACAUCCCUCUUACAGCUAGUGAAUGAGUUGGUAGCAGAUACUGUAUAUAAUAAUAAUAAUAGUUUUAAUAAUAGGGGAGGGUGGGAUGGGGUGUGGGUAAGUUUUGCCUUUUGUUUUGUUUUUGAUGCAGUAUAUAGUGAAGGGGUGAGGAUAUUCUAAACAAACAAAAAUUGAAUAAUUUAUUCACAGAAACUAUUAAGAUUGUAUUGUAAAGCUCACAGCAAGCUCAGUGGGCAGCAGCUGCAACAUCUCACCAGGGAAAUUAUUUUCUUUAACAUGAGUGAGAUGUGGGCCGGAGAAGUUAGCUGGAGCUAUUUAUAAAACGUUGUGUACCUUCUUCCGAGCUCUCUCCCCUUUGUGAAGGGCACAGCAACUAUACCCUUGAUGGAUGGAGAUUUAUGCAGUGUGUUUUACCAGGUAGAGUGACAGACCUUGGCUGUCCCUGGAAUUGGGAAUCUGGACCUUAUUUCCAGGCAGGGAACACUGUCCUCAGAAAUGGGACUUCUGAUAACGAAACAGGUUGUCCAACAUUUUCUAACACGUACUCUACAGAACACAGGUUCCAGGAGGCAUCAGGUUGGUGUGAUGCAAACUAAGGGUUUUGUGGUCAAAUAUCCUUAAGAAACAAAGUUAAGUCAGUUUCCUUUCUGUAGGACUUUUCAGAGCCUUGAAUGUGUGCUGUGCAUGGUGAAUCCCCAAAACUAAUCCUUGAGUCUGUAGCAUUUCCUGAACGUACAUGACCAGGAUACUUUAUUUUGCAGAUCACCCCACAGAGCUAGGGUUCCACCAAGUAUACUUUGCUUAAGCUGAGUUAGCAUAUCUGAGGUCGUUGAGGAUAAAAACUGCCACCCCAACACCCUCCCAUUAAAAAAAAAAUACAAACUAGCACCACAGUCUCCAUCUGGUUUAGAUAGCAAGAGGUACUUUAUUAAAUGAAUUAAGCUUUUACUUAAGUGCAAUGGUUCUAAUCCUGGAUACUGCCAUGGACUACGAUUCCAUCCCUCCCAGAGGGAGUGGAGGAAGUCUUGGGUGGUGUGGACAGAAGGAAGAGAGGAGAGGGCGAGUAGGGUAUAGGGCCCAGGGUGGCUCCCUCCUCCUCAAGCUCAAAAGGGUGCUCAGUGGGAACAGAUGAUCUCUUGAUGAGUGUUUCUUCAGUUUCAUAGUUUGGAAUCGUUCCCUGUGCUUUUUGGGGGAUUUUCAAUGGAAAUUCAUGUUGCUUUGCAUUUCUAUGUCCGUCUUUGAUCAGUUGUACAAGCCAGCUCACUGUCAUGUGAAGAUGGCCUUCUUUCAUCCGGCUUCUCUCUCUUAAGUGAGAAAGAUUGUCCUUCAGGGGACAUGACAUCAAUAGAUUUCUGGAAUGAGGGACUCUUUCUCCCCGUGUUUUGCUUUGUGUUCACAUUUUCUUUUCUAAUGGCAUUGAAACUUAAAAAAAAAAUGGAUUCAACUGUUUUUUGCAGAAUGUAGAAAUUCUGUGUCCUUGGUUAAAGAAAUCCACUGGUGAAGUGUGCCUGGAAAAUGAAAGUUUGUGUUUUUUAAAGAGGAAUAUUUGAAACUACUUUCUAUGCAUGCUUAGCUGGAGAAAAGUACAGGCAGGCGUUCAAUCUCCCAGCCACUUCUCAAAGGUGCUGCUGUGUUUUAAAGACCAGGUACAGCCAGGGCAGAAUUUGCAAGGACAUUCCUGCUUACUUUAUCCCUUUGGUUCGAAAGCUCUAGAUGAUUCCCGCAGCUCCUCCAGACCCCGCCUCCCUGCCCUCCCCAGCUGGUCUGGGAAGAAGGUGGUCUGCUGACCUGUAGUGUCUCAGAGGGGACGUUCCUCCUCCUCCCUGUGCACCAGGUGAGCUGCACCCUCCUGCCUAUUCAGGAUGUGGAUGCCACAGGAGAGCAGCGGGCAGUGGAAACUUCAGUUGCACCAGUUCACCUGGUGGCAAAAGCAUGAAGCACAGGGGUCUAAUCCUGGCUACUAGAAAGCUCCAGAACAAAGUGUGUGGGUCCCACAAAUGCUUGGCUGGUGGGGUCUCGAUCAGCGCUGAGAUAGAGUUGGCAGAAGAAGCCGAGAGACUCUGCUUGCUUUCCUAGCCAGUCCUCCCCUACAUACACACACACAUACACACACACACACACACAAUCUCAGCUGCCCCAUUCUGUGCAAUCCCAGUGACCAAAUCCCUUCCUUGCCCACUUCUAUGUCAGCAGGACUGACCACAUCACUCCCCCAAGUUCCCACCACCAGCAUUUCCUCCAACCUUUUUCCAUCACAACCAGUUAGAACCCUACAGGCAACAAGGCCUUCUAGAAUCCGCUUGACCCUUGGCUGAUAACAGGCAAAUAUCAGUCUGCUAUACUUUGUUAGGUCCAGAAGGAGCUGCCCAUACUACUUUCUUAUGAGCAUGCUCAGUAUGGCAUAUGGACAUGUAAUUUCACAUCUUUGUGGAGUGUGAUUUUCUUUUUUUACAUAUUUGUAUGCAGUAGAGGGCCUGUUGUAGAAAACGCUCCCUGUAUCUUGCUGUACUGUUAAAGAAAGCUGAAUUCCACAUUGCCAACAAAAGCGUGAAAAUGUUCAUGAACCUUCCUCCAGGAAAAGCCAUUCAAGCCUGAUUAUUUUUCUAAGUAACUUCAAUUAAAUUGAAGAAAAAA